AUGACUGUCGACACUACCAAGAGCGGUCCCCUGGACUUCGCCACCUAUCACAAUGUCAUCAAUAACGAACUGAGGUCAACUGCCACCACUCGCCACAGCAUCAACCCCGCAAACUCCAAGCCCAACCCCGAAGUCCCUGUUACAACCCAGGAGGACGUCGAUCAGGCCGUCAAGUGUGCCCGCGAUGCCUUUAAGAAGUGGUCCAAGACAUCCUUCGCGGAGCGCCGGGCAGCUCUGUCAGCUUAUGCCGACGCGAUCGAGGCCAAUGCUGAUAGAUUCGCCAAAACCCUGACGAUGGAGCAGGGAAAGCCGCUGAACCAGGCCGCAACCGAGGUGGGAAUGGCCGUUACAUGGAUUCGGGUCAUGAUUGAUAUCGAGAUCAAAGAGAAUGUGAUCGAGGAGAAGGAUGAUCUUAAGAUUGUUCAGCGCCACGUGCCUAUGGGCGUUGCUGGUGCCAUUGUGCCUUGGAAUUUCCCCGUGUUGCUUGCCACGGGCAAGGUUGUCGGUGCUGUGUACACCGGUAAUACUGUUAUUGUGAAGCCUUCACCCUUCACCCCUUACUGUGACUUGAAGCUGGCCGAGCUGGCGAUUCGGUUCUUCCCACCUGGUGUGGUGCAGUGCCUGAGUGGUGAUGACAGCCUUGGCCCGAUGCUCACAGAACAUCCUGGUAUCGACAAGAUCUCAUUCACUGGGUCCAUUGCGACUGGCAAGCGGGUGAUGGCUAGUUGCGCCAAGACUCUCAAGCGAGUAACUCUGGAGCUCGGUGGCAAUGACCCAGCCAUUAUCUGUGACGAUAUCGACAUUGAUGCGGUCAUUCCCAAAGUUGGCAUCUCUGCCUAUUUGUGCAGUGCCCAGAUCUGCAUGAUGAUCAAGCGUCUCUACGUCCACGAGAAGAUCUACGACGAAUUCCUGGGGAAGCUGAUCGCGUUCGUGAAAACGCUAAAGAUUGGAGACGGUACGGAACCUGAUGUUUUCUUCGGUCCUGUUCAAAACAAGAUGCAAUUUGAAAAGGCCAAGGAGCUCUUGGGUUCCAUUACUGCCGAGAAGCUCAAGGCAGUGCUGGGUGGCUCGACCGAUGACUCUCACGGCUACUUCAUCCACCCGACCAUUAUUGACAACCCGCCCGAGUCAUCCCGGGUCGUGCAGGAGGAGCCGUUUGCACCUAUUCUUCCCAUCAUGAAAUGGUCCGACGAGGACGAUGUCCUUGAGAAAGCGAAUGCGCUGGAGACUGGCCUGGGCGCGUCGGUCUGGACUAAGGAUCUCGAUCGGGCCACUCGUAUGGCUAAUCAGCUCCAGGCUGGCAGUGUCUGGGUUAACUCUCACUUUGACAUCUCCCCCAAAGCACCAUUUGGUGGUCACAAGCAGAGUGGUAUAGGCAUGGAAUGGGGCUUGACCGGUCUUUUGGGCUAUUGCAACUCGCAGACGCUGUGGUUGAGGAAGAGCUCUUAG